GAGUUAAAAUAAUUUUUAGUCAUAUAAAUAUCUUGAAUUUCAUAUUUAAUUCCUAUAAAAAAAAUUUAGCUUCUUUUGGUUCUCCAAAUAUUUUCUGCGACAAUUUUUUGUUCCUGAUUUUAAUCAACUCUUAUGUAUUUUAAGAUUUUUUAAUGAUUUUAUACUUUUUUGAUUAAAAAUUAAAUUUUAAUUUUAUACUUUUUUGAUGAAUUAAAUUUUUUAAUGAUUAUAAAAACAUCUUUCACUAAAAUUUAGAAUUUUUUUAAUAUAAAAUUAACAUUUAUGAAUUAUUUAGCUUAAAAAAAAUCAAAAAUUCAUAUUUAAUUCAUCACUUAUUUAAAAUAUAAUCAAUAAUUUGGACUGUGCAGGAUAGCUUCAUCAUCAGUGUACAGAACACUGCAGUUGUGUUUGAGGAACCAUUACAACCAGACAUCAUUCAUCAUUAUGCUCUUCCUUAACUAUUCAUGUUCUGCCAUUCACAUUUCAUCUUCUUCUUCUUCAUUCUCCUCAAACCCCAAAAACAACAAUAACAACAACCUUAAUCAUCACAAACCCACUUCCCUUUCAAUUCCCAACAACAACAACAAUAACUCCAUUUCUGAUGAUAAUAAUGAUGUUUCCAUCAAAUUCAAAGCCCCAACACCUCCAUGGAUGAAGGGUCCUCUUCUUCUCCAACCCAAAGAGCUUCUCAAUUUCACUUCACACUCAAAUUCAAAAGUAGAACAAAAACGUGACCUUUCAGAUAAAUCUUUAACUGGUAAAGAAGUUAGAGGCAAAAAAGCUUUGAAGAAAAUAGCCCACAAAGUUGAAAGGCUUCACAAGACUGAUACUCAAAUGGGUUCUGAAAAAGUUGAAAACUUUGGGUCUUGUUUGGAAGGUUUGAUGGAGAAUGAUGAAGUUGUGACAAAAGGAAGAUUGCCAUGGGAGAAAGAUGAGAAGAUUGAUUUUUUUAGGGUAAAAAAGGAAAAAAUUGUUACUUGUGCUGAUUUGAAACUUGAUAAGGUGUUGCUUCAAAGGUUGAGGAGUGAGGCUGCAAAAAUGAGAAUUUGGGUCAAGGUUAAGAAAGCUGGUGUUACACAAGAUGUUGUGAAGGAAAUUAAAAGGACUUGGAGGACAAAUGAACUUGCUAUGGUUAAAUUUGAUAUCCCUUUAUGUCAAAAUAUGGAUAGAGCUAGAGAAAUUGUUGAGACAAAGACUGGAGGCUUGGUUGUAUGGACUAAGAAGGAUGCUCUUGUGGUUUACAGAGGAUGCAACUAUCAGUUAACCUCUAAAGAUUCUUCAAAGAUUUAUACCGGUAAUAUUCCUAGUCAAAGAACAAAUUCUUAUGAAACGAACAAGGUGAAAUCAGUCACCAAAGGUGAUCUUUACCGGGUUGAAUCUAACCAAAGUACAAGUGAGACACCGAGAAGGAAUGCUUAUCAUAAGGAUUCUCAAUCAACUGAUGUCCAUGAUACAAAUUACCAACCGACUGGUGGAUCAUUGUAUGAGAGGGAAUGUGAUAGAUUAUUGGAUGGCUUAGGACCUCGCUUCAUUGAUUGGUGGAUGCACAAACCGCUUCCGGUAGAUGCUGACUUACUUCCAGAAGUGGUUCCUGGAUUUAAGCCUCCAUUUAGGCUUUGUCUACCUGAUGCUGGUGUAAAACUAACUGAUGGUGAACUAACAUACUACAGGAAGAUUUCUCACCCUUUACCAACUCAUUUUGUCCUUGGAAGAAACAGAGGACAUCAAGGCUUAGCUGCUGCUAUCUUAAAGUUGUGGCACAAGAGUCAUGUAGCAAAAAUUGCUAUCAAACCUGGAGUUCCAAAUACUGACAAUGAAACAAUGGCCAAUGAACUGAAGCUUAACAAGAAAAUAGAAAGAUCAGCAAUGGAGUUAUCAAAGUUCAAUGCUGCAUGGAAACCUGCUGGGCAGGAUAUAGACUUGGAAAUAAUGACUGAUGAGGAGAGAGAAUGUUUCCGAAAGAUGGGAUUGAAGAUGAGAAGUUGUCUAGUUCUUGGAAGGCGAGGAGUCUUCGAUGGUGUAUUGGAAGGACUACAUCAGCAUUGGAAACACAGAGAAGUAGCAAAGGUUAUUACGAUGCAAAGACUAAUCAGUCGAGUCAUCUACACUUCACAAUUUUUGGAGAGAGAGAGCGGCGGAAUUUUAGUUUCAGUUGAUAAACUAAAAGAAGGCUAUGCUAUUAUUAUUUACCGUGGUAAAAACUAUAGUCGGCCUUCAGAAAAGAUAGCGAAAAAUCUUCUAACCAAAAGAAAAGCAUUGCAAAGGUCUCUUGAAAUGCAGAGAAUUGGAUCAUUGAAGUUUUUUGCUCAUCAGAGAGAGAAGACAAUCUCUGAUUUGAAGGUGAAACUGGAAGCCCUGCAGCACAGGAAGGAAAUUGAGGCAAGAGAAUAUGAAAAUUAAUGUAUGCAUGUCUAAGACUUGUAUCAAGCCUCAACUUCCGCAUAUCCACGAUUGAUGAGAUAAGACAUAUGAAAAAUUCAAGCCUCGGUGAGCAUUGAGCAACAUGUUUUGGCAGUAAGCUUUCAGUAUAGGAGCAUUGUAAAAAUUUCUUGUUUGAGCUCAAAUGUGUAAACAAGUUUUUUUUUUCUCCUAUAUUAAUUUGAAGUCAAUCAUUUACCAUCACUAUUUUCA